UGUUGAUGACAGAAGGCAGCAGGUAACUGUUUAUUGCAGAGCUAGAAUGCUGUUCCUCAUCCUACUCUCAUUUACUCUUUGUGUACAGUAUUCACAGACCCAAGAUCCUAGACUUGAUUGGCAGUGGAAUGAAUUUAAAAAAUUGUACAAUAAAAAGUACAGCACGAAGAGCAAGGAGGAAUAUCGCAGACGAAUUUGGGAGAGAAACCUAUAUGAUAUCAAUAAACACAACUUGAUGUUCAUGCACGGAUACGAAACCUACACAAUGCAAAUGAAUGGCAUGGGGGAUCAGGUAAAUAUUGAAACAUCUUGGGACAUUUCGAGUAUUUUAGCCCAUAUCCAAAAAAAUAAGUAUGGUUUCCAUGAAUAUAAUAAUACUAAGCUUCCAACGUCAAUUAACUGGAUUGAAAAAGGAUAUGUUACAGAAGUCCGCUCUCAGGGCAGCUGUGGCUCCUGCUGGGCAUUUAGCGCAGUUGGUGCAUUGGAAGGACUGGUUAAAAAAGAAAUAGACAUACUUUUGCGACUCAGUGCUCAGCAGUUAGUGGACUGUUCCUUAAUAAAUGAUGGCUGUCAGGGUGGAAGUGCAACAGAUGCAUUCAAGUAUGUCAUUCAGCAUGGCAUCUCCUUAGACUCAGACUACACCUAUACAGGGAAGGAAGGCUACUGCUUCCAGAAUCCUAAAAGAAAAAUUUUUCCAUGUUCAGGCUAUGUCAAGAUUCCAUUUGGUGAUGAAAUGGCUCUUCAAGAUGCACUUGCGAAAAUUGGACCCAUAUCUGUUUCAAUUGAUACCUCUCCUAAGGGAUUUGAAUUCUAUCAUAGUGGAAUUUACUUCAAUAAAGAAUGCCAGGCAAUACCAAACCAUGAUGCUUUGUUGGUGGGGUAUGGCACUGCUGAUGGAGAAGACUACUGGAUUGUUAAAAACAGCUGGGGCAAAGAAUUUGGAGAAGAUGGCUACAUUCGAAUCGCACGACAUAGAAACAACCACUGUGGAAUUGCUUCUCUGGCUGCAUACCCAGUUUAAUGAUGGCAGACUGUUUCAAGAGAGGCACCACAUUCCUAGACUUCAAUAAGCACAAACCCACAUGAUCGCCUUAUAACUGGAUGUUUUUGAAUUUGAUAUAAAUAUUCUGUAUAUAUAAAGAAUUUUACUUGU